AUGCUCACCACAAAUCAGACACCAAUCGAUAAAGCGCCAGAGAAAGUACCAGAAAAUCUUUGGAAUGAGUAUACAUUAUUUGGACGAAUACCUAUAUCAAAAUGGUAUUUUGAUGAAAGAUCAGUGCCAAAAGCAACCGAAUGGAAUGAUAUUGAUGAGAAUUUGAAAGAAGGAGUCAACAUUUUCAAAAAGUCCACAUAUGGGACUACAACACAAACCGUCAUUGAUGCAAUUUCUCGUUAUAAAGAUCAUUUUAAAGGAAAAAAUGGAGCUGUUAUUGGAUCGCAAAAUCCAUGGGCUGAAAUCUUUUCUCUUCGAGCCGGUGCCGCUUCGAUUCUAACAAUGGAAUAUCAAGAGAUCAAGAUUAAAUCUGAAAAAGCGAUCAGCUGGAUUCAUCCAUUUGAAGUGGGAAAGAAUUGGACAAGAUUCGACCGUUUCUUCGAUUUCAUCAUCAGCUUCUCUUCACUUGAACACAGUGGGCUAGGAAGAUACGGUGAUCCACUCGAUCCAUGGGGAGAUUUAAGAGAAAUGGCCAAAGUUCGAUGUUUAUUGAAAGACAACGGGGUCAUCAUUCUCGGAUUUCCUGUUGGUGAGGGGAAUUUCUGU